GCUUUCCAUGGCGCCAGAAUACCACACAGUGCUCUCCUGAAUCGGUAUGGGGACGUGCAGCCCGGCAAUGGCGGCACCUACAUUAGCAAGGCCAAGGGCCUGACGAACAUGGGCAUGAUCGGUCAGCGCCUCUUCAGUGGCCGUGUCGCUGUAGCCUGGGCCGCGCUGACCUUCACCAGAAAGUUGUACGAAAUGACUCGCCAGUAUUCUGAUCACAAAAGGUGCUGGGCGCCGAAAGGCACCUCCAACUUGACAAGCGUUCCGCAGCUGAACCACCUGUAUGCGAGAGCAGACUCCAAUUUGGCACAGCUGGAAAGCUUCGUUGGGGAGUGCGAGCGGCAAUUAAAUGAUUGCCUUCGGAAAGAUGAGAUACCUUCUGUGGCACUCCAGGAAGCGAUCGCAUGCGCCAAGAUCGUUGCAAGUGAGACCAGCAUCGAUCUCUGCUUUCGCCUGAAGCAAGACGUUGGAUCCCAUGCUCUGAUGGGCGAUACAGGCUUCGAGCAGAUGGACUUCCUGCAGGCGUGCAAGUUUGCAGAAGGCGACUCCAGGAUUCUGAUGCAGAAAUUGGCCCGCGACCGUGUCAAAACAUCGAAAGCCAUUGGCUCCAGCGAGGAGCAGCGAUUGACAGCAGAGCUACAAGCAGCUUUGAAGGGCGGAGCUCAGGCAUGGGAUGAGAACUUUGACAAGGUGUAUGACCUGGCAUGGCACGUUGUGACCCGCAACAUUGAUACCUUAUGUCCAGGUGCCACCCUCCGACUUCCUUGUGGGCUGUCGAUUUCAGGCUUGGGAAUCUCUUUUAACUCGAUUCCAGCCUGUAUGGUUCGCAUGCGACGCCGCGGCGUUGUCCCUGACCUGACUUGUUACAACUCUUUGCUGCACGCCUUUGCUAGGGCAGCCCUUCCAGUCCAGGCGCACGCAUCCUUGGCAGAUUUACGCAGCCAGGCGCUGCAGCCGGAUGUGAUCACCUUCAACACCUUGAUCAGCGCUUACGGUGGCUCCAGGGAGUCGCUUCAGUUCCUCGAAGAAAUGGAGUUUUGCUCCGUCCAGCCUACCGCUAGAACCUACGUUGCCUUGGCCUCCUCCUUUGAACGAUCUGGUCGGUGGCAAGCAGUGGAGGCGUUGCGUCUCGACCCCGACUUGAGAGAAGAGGACUUGUCCCGGGGUGUCAUCCUCCAUUUGGAUGACCUUCCAGAGCAGAUGAGCCGGGCAAUUUCGAGAGAAGCCUUCCUUCGAGAUCUGCAGUGGUGCCCACGAAAUUUUUUGCACAGGUAUCGCCUUGCUUUCAAGGACCUGGACGACAUCCCCAGAGAGGCCAUUGCACCUUUGCCAGACGAUCUUCGAGGGGCCCUGGACAAGCUCGAGCCCUUGGAUCCUUGGUCUGCAUCUGUCAUGGCCCAAUGGUUGGAUCCUGCUUGGCGCUGCAAAGCCUGGGACGAGAUUGAUGUCAUGCCUAAGGGGAUCUCUGACGAGAACAUCCGCAAAGAAAGGGAAGAGAAGUAUCCUGAUGGUGUACCUGCUGAGGUCCGAGAACGACGAGUGGAUCCUUUCGAUGGCCAGCGUUACUCCCUUGCAGAGCUGAUAGCGAAAUACAGAAAUGAAUACCACGAGAAAGAUGUCAAGUCGUACUGGAAGAAUGCUAUGCGACCCAACGAAUACAAGAUUCAGCGGAUGUCAGUGGUGCAGAGGAGGGUCCUGCCACAGACUGAGCCCUUGCACAGCCUGAAACGAUGCAGCCUGCUCAUGGCUGUAGCUGGAUCGUGGACACAGCGAAUCUCUGUCACAAGCGAAGACACGCUGCUUCGCCUGCUUGCCCGCGUAAUUUGCUCAAGCUUGCACACGGGCGGAGCGUGCCCGACGUACCUGCUCAAGGCCGGUGGGCAGCUGGCAAGGCGAGCCGAGGUGCUGAGCCAUGUUCCCGAGUUUUUUAUGCGGUCGGGUCCCGAGAAUUCAGCAGUGCUAGACGCGGGCUUCUGCUCGUGCAACUACUCGGAGAACGGCAGCAACGCAGACGCCGCUUUGGAUCGGCUGCUCUCCAGCUACAAGAAGUUGAUUGUUGAAGGCGGAUAUGUGGACACAAAGACAGAGACAGGCUUCAAUGCCACAGCGAUUUUUCUGGAGAGUUUGGAGGCAACAGCCCGAAGUUUGCGGCUGGAUCCUGCUUCCCGAUCGUAUCGUUCCAGCUUCACGAUCAACUAUCGUGCACUUUUUCCAGACGAGUCUCGAAACUAUCGCGUCGACAUUCUUGAGGCCAGCAUUGAACAGAACGCCGUCAUUUGGGUUAAUGGUGACAAGUUCGAGUUCAGUCAGGAGGCCAUGCACUGUGCAGAAGACCUUCAGCGCGGAUGGUCUGACAUGUGCUUGCUCCUAGACCGCUGGCAGCCAGGUGCAGGAGGUGAUCGCCCUGAGCGAACAGAGGUGCGCUCAGCCUUGGUGGCUUUGGAUGCUGCAUGGGCGUCUUUCGAGAAGAAGUAUAUCAGUGAACUGAUCCAGAUUGAGGAUCAGGCCCGCAAGUUGAUAGUCCAGGCGGUGGAAAGCGAAAGGCGACUUCGGGAUCUGGAGGCGCGAUAUGGAGAGACAGAGGCUCUGCUGGCACGUCCAGAGUACCAGUCCGAGCAGAGGAAGCUAGUGGGGUCCAUCUCGUAUUUGAACUCAGUUGCGAAUUUCCGUCGAAAGGGUCGCGAUGACCUCCCGGCAGAGGUUCUGUUUGAUGCUGUGCGGACUAUACAGCGCUGCGAUGCAGCCGAAAGGAAUGGCCAGAGCACCGAACUGUCUGCAGCAGCAAGAACUCUCUGUGGUGACGUCGUGGAGUCCUUUGUGGCCAUGCGGUUUUAUCUGAGAGAGAUUGGCAAGUGCCUCGAAAGAGUCGACCCGCAUCUUUGCAACAACGCCGGUCUCGUGACGAGAUUGGUGGAUUGGGAAGAGAGCUGGGAAGUGGGCGCACGCUAUGUUCAGAACGAGCAGCUCUUGAACGGCAUUUGUGAUCUGGUCGCCGAGAUUCGCCUAGCUCAGCAUGUGGCACCAAAUCUGCGAACCAUGUGUGAAGAGUGCGAUGUGGACCUGUUCCUGGUGAUGCCACGAGUCAUUUGGCUGCGGGGCUUGAUCAAGCCACACAGUCAGAUACAAGUCUUCAAGAGCUUGCUCCCACAUCGGUUUCUUGAUCCACCGCUAGUGGGCGACACCUGGAAUGUGGAUACUGAAUUAGCCAGCUUUGUGGAGUUUUUCAAGGCAGUCUAUGCAACAUUGAUGAGCAACUGGCGGUCUGCGUCACGCGUGUCCGAACGGGCAGCGUGGGAGAUUCUGGUUAAGCGGGUUGUCAACGGCGAUGGCGAGUCUGAUAAAGAGGACAUUUAUGGCGUCCUUGCUGGUGGAGUCAGGCAGCAAGCUGAAGCAGCAGUGGAGGAGUUGGUGAACAAGAUGGAAGGCUGGAGCAUGGAGCUGCAGAGACACUGUGCAGAAGACUGGAACCAAUUCGCAGGGAUUCUCAUACAAUGUCUGGUGAAAGAAAGAAAGAUGCAUCGCAGAUGCAAUUUCAGGUCUGACGGCGUACUUCCAUGCCCGACGGAAGGAGCUCCAUUGGCUCCACUCGCCACAGACUAUUGGGGUUGCGAUCCAUUCGUGCCUUAA